ACUCAUAUAUAAGUUUGAGUUUUUUAGAUAUGCCUCGUAUAAAGACUUUAAAUACGAAACCUCCACCGGAUGGAUGGGAUCUUUUAGCCGAAACCCUAGAAUCUCUAGAUGAAAAGAUGAAGGCCGCCGAACGCGAAUCUGGAGAUGGAAAACGUAGGUCAGAAGUCUUAUGGCCUAUUUUCAGAAUACACCAUCAGCGUUCUAGGUUUAUUUACGAGAUGUUUUAUCAGAAAAGGCUGAUUUCAAGGGAAUUAUACGAUUAUUGCGUAAAAGAGGGAUAUGCGGAUGUAAAUUUAAUCGCAAAGUGGCGUAAGCAAGGAUUUGAAUACCUCUGUUGUCUUCGUUGCAUUCAGACUUCUAGCCAGCACUUUGGUACAAGCUGUAUAUGUCGCGUUCCAAAACGGGAUCUGGAGCCCGGUAAAGUCAUAGAAUGUGUUCUCUGUGGUUGUAGAGGGUGUGCUAGCUGCGAUUUAUAGUACUUUACAGCCACUUUAUAUUCAACAAUUACUUCUUGUAAUGUG